AUGUUCAAGGCAUGCGAAGACAAUGCCAUUGCACUUGCCGACCUUCCGAAAGCGGUGGCUGAACUUUUGCGGGAACAUGGCCCGUCUCAUGUUAACGUUGAAUGCCUUACCUCUGAAAAUGUCAUCAAGUACCUUGACCUUCAUCCUAACCGGCUGGGGCUCCAUUUAUCGACCGUCGAAACCGAUGCCGCUGUAGAAUGGUUAUCAGCUUUCUGGAUUUGGUUCAACGAAUCUUCUUUGAAGGACGAGCUCUUCCCCAAGCUUCACAAGGUGUACCUUCUGCCGUGCACAGCUGGCUUGAAGACGGCCGAACGUCCCGUGUUUCAGAUAGAUGAUGAGCACUUGGAUCUGGUACAAGAUCUUAUGAUGUUCGGCAUACCAUUUCUGCACUCGGCGUGUGCCGUUCCAGCACAAAAUGUACUAGCCAAGUGCGGAUUGUUGAAGAAGAUCAACGACAUUCACGCUCUUCUCGAAAACCUUUCUUCUUGCUCAUAUGAGGCACUCACUUUGGAUGAGACUAAAGCGCAACGUCUGCUUAAUCACAUCGCUUCGUGCCUGCCAGCCUCAUGUUCGUCUAAUGACCGCCUCAGCGGAGAAAUGCAGAGCACGCUUCGUAGCUUACCAGUGUUCUGUCUCGUAACCACAGAUGGUCACAAUAUCAAGGCUCAACGGACCCACAUCCCCAUUGGCUCAACCGUUCGAGGGAUUGUCGCCACUAGCUUCCGGGCCAUCCUCCCUAGAAUUGCCCAUACUGUCUACAUCGACCUCAGCAAUGACCCACGUGAGAUCCUUCCCUACCUGGAACCUGACCAACCUGAACCAAUGAAGCAUGACCAAUUGCUUCCCCUCGCUGCCGAACACUUGGCUCAGCAACCUCAACGCUUGCAGGCGACGAUCCUCAAACAUAUCAUUGACCACCAACAGUCUACGAAACCAUCCAUCUUGGAACAGUUGCGACAGAGAUCCUUUGUUUACACCAUCGAUGGUACGACAUAUGCUCCUGCCGAUGUAAUUGACCCCUCGUCAUCUUUGGUGGCUCUCUUCCCCGAGAGUAACGACAGAUUAGCUCGCAGGUCGAACAACGUAGAAAAACUGAUCGUCGAGUACCUCGCUUCUUUAGGUCUCCUCCAGUCCUCGUUGACGGGAGUCAUCAUCAAGGAUAGGAUACAAUAUGUCUCGCAACAUACAGCGCCCCCCGUUGCCAAAGCCCUCCUCAAAGUCUUGAGGAGUUCCAAUUUCAAUUGUCAAUCCGUCGAUUUUGACCCACAGGCUCGUUGGCUUCCCACCGCUCAGGGCUUAUUGAACUCCUCUGAGUGUCGUCCACGUCCCACCUCGGAGAAGGAGUCGAGCCUCUUUGAUCAAGUUCUUCAUGUCCUUGAAGACGAAAUCACGGUCUCAGCCUCUCUUCGACUUGCUCUUGGAUGGGAUCGACCCAUUUCGUUUGACAUCUUGGUGAAACAGCUUGAUCGAGUUCUCACGAAGAACAUGACUGGAAAGGUCGCUCCUAUCAUAAGGGAGCUCAGCAAACGGACGUUGACUGUCAAUGGUCUCGAUGCUUUGCGAAAGGUCAUCUCCAAUCGGGGUUGGAUUCCUCAAUCUGGCGACUCCAAUGUUCUCAUCUCGACUGCUGACGCAGUCAUAUCGCAGCCCAUCGAAAAGGCGUUCUACAAGAUAUCUGCUACACUUUCGGAUCGUAAAGAGGUUAAGGAUUUUCUGCGAAUGAUGGGGUGUUCUGACGAGCCAUCUGCAGGUGCUAUUAUCAAGAAACUGGAUGCUCUGCGCGGACAGUCGAUAACGGAGCAGACGGUAUCAUCAUCAAUCAGCCUCUUGAAAGCCCUGCCUCCCAAUCUGGACGACGAGCAACAUAGCAAGAUUUUUGUUCCCGAUAUCAACAUGGUCCUGCAACCAGUAGCCAGUGUGUACUUCAACGACAUUGGCGACCGCUCAAUUCUUGUCAGCGCUGGUGACGGUAUGUUCCAUGCUCAUCCACGAAUGGAUGAAUCCUUCUGCAGGGAUUUAAAGAUGGGGCGGCUGGGUCUUAAGUUCGUUCAUCUACAGACGCCAGGCGAGGACAUGGGAGAGAAGCCCAUCACAACAGUGUCCAGGACGCUUGGACAAUACACAAAGAAACAGCUCCUCCCCGAAUUUAUCGCAAAUGCUUGGACGCCAAAGCGACCGUUUUCUCGGUAUUACUGA